GUAACAUGUAGCCCUGCGGCUUUAAGGGAAUGGGCGGGGCCUCCAUAUAAUGGGAGGGGUUGAGUCGCUGUCUGGAUGUGAGGUGGCCCAGCGUCCCACUGGCAGAGUGGCAGACAGCGUGAUAAUAAAGGAUAGAAGUGAAGCCAAUGAAAACCAUGGCAGCACCAUUCAGAUCACUUGUGGAUGAUUAUCCGAGAUACCUCAAAUCGUUCGAGCUCUUUCUGGAGCGCUCAUCAGAGCACCAGUGCAUGCAGGACUUCAUUCAUAAUAUACUACCAGACAUACUGGCAAGCAUUGGAGGAGGAAGACCCAUUUUCAAUGUACUAGGAGUAGGGAGUGGAGCGGGUGAGAUUGAUCUAGAGAUGCUCACUCAGCUUCACCUGAAACAUCCACAUGUCAAAGUCAACAAUGAAGUGGUGGAACCAAGCAUUGACAUGCUGCACAAGUAUAAAGUUCGGGUGUCAACCACUCCAGGUCUUGAUCACAUUAACUUUGCAUGGAAUAAGAUGACAGCGUCUGAGUUUGAAAAACACUGGCAAGAGAAAAACCCUGGGAAAAAGAUGGACUUCAUUCACAUGAUACAGAUGCUGUACUAUGUCAAAGAUCCAGAGGCCACUGUCUCAUUUUUUCGGAGUCUGCUAAAGAAAGAUGGGAAACUCUUGAUCAUUCUGGUGUCAGGUGAGAGUGGAUGGGGCAAAUUAUGGGCGACCUUUAAAGAACAGCUCUGUAACACUGAGAUCAGCCAGUGUGUCACUACAGGAGAUAUAAAGACCUUCUUCGAUUCUGAGGGCAUCCCCUACCAUAACUAUGAGCUUGUGUCCCAGAUGGACAUCACAGAGUGCUUCACUGAGGGAGACCCGGAGGGAGAACUACUGCUGGAUUUCCUUACCGAGGUGAUAGAGUUCAGUAAGAAUGCUCCUGAAGACCUCAAGAAAGGAGUGCUGGGCUUACUAAGACAUCCUGACUGCAGUAAAGAGGUGGACGGCAGGAUCAUAUUCAACAACAACCUGGGAGUAUUAGUGGUUGAGCCAUAGAUCAGGGAUGGGCAACUGUCCUGCAGAGUUUAGCUCCAUUCCUGAUAAAAACUCACUUGCCUAUAGCUUUCUACUAAUCCUGAAGACCUUGAUUAGCUGGUUCAGGUGUGUUUGAUUAGGGUUGGAGCUAAACUCUGCUGGGCAGUGGCCCUCCAGGACUGAAGUUGCCCAUCCCUGCCGUAGAUAUAAUGCAGUAGCUUUAUAUCUCAACUCCACAAGACCUUUGCAGUUAAUAUUGAGUCUAAUACAGUGGGUCUGAACCUUUUGGACUCCAAGGCCCAUUAUUGUCCACAACAAUAUUGAAAGGCCCCAAGACUUUUCCAGUUAUUCAUGAUUUACUGGAUAUGGAUUAAGGAUAAGGAUUUUUAAUCACAAUUUUUACCUAAUAAAAUAUUUUAGAGUUUAGCAUAACUAGAAAAAUGUUUAAUCAUUAAAAAUGCCUAUGAAGUUGUAAGAUUUUUUUUAAUAUACAUUUUUCCAGGUAUAGAAAUCACACUUUUAAAAUGAGUCUACCUCAUAUAUACGUAUGUGUAUUUUAACAUUUUAGAAAUGAUCUGUUUCUGUACUGUUUUCAACAGAUAAUGAGAAAAUUAACAUUUGCAUAUAUUUUUAAAUGAUUCUUUUAAUAAGCCUUAAACUACUGUCUCCUCAUUCAAGGCACCUGCUGUUCUAAAGCAUGUUGUAAUAUUGUAUAAAUGAUAUUGUUAUCGGUGAACAAACGGGAAAAGGGAAACCAUAGAGAACAAUGCCUGCAUCAACCAUAGAGAAACAAGUUUAGCCUGUAUCAACAUCAAACAAAGCUUCUUAAAUGAAGGCCCAUGUAUUGUAGGUGACGGUUCAUAUUCGUAAAGAGACCUUGUAUGAGCAACUCUGUACAUGCUUUGUGAAAUUUUCUUGAGCAGCAAAGUACAACCUUUGUAUAUUGACUUAGUAACUCAUUGGGUCAAAGAGUUUAUGAUUUUACUCGACAACAGUCUUUGAUAAAAGAGAUGAGAUUGCAUUGUUUGGUGACUAGUAAGGUUGUUGUGACCGUAUACCUCAUUUAGGUUUGGAGGACCGUUUAACGCAUAACCAGACAGGACAAAGGUUGUAUAAAUCUGUUUCAACGUUAAAGAUAUGUGUACUUGAAACUGCUACUGCAAGUAUGUUUUAUUUGUUUACUGCCUGCAAUGGGCCUGCCUUCCCUUUGUGUUUGCUUACAGUAUUAUUGUAAAGUAAACUUGAAUAAUGUAGUGUCUGCCAACAUUUCAGUAUUUCUGUCCUACAUGACCACAAAACCUCACAUUAAACUGACGUGAAUAACUUUUGAACCAUA